UCGGGCCCCGAAGAAAUGAACUGUUUUGGUGCCACCCCUGUGCUCCAGCCAUGUUUGCAUGUGCAUUGCUGUCGCGCGCCAUUGGCAUGCCGCAGCGAUUUUCUGGACAUCCUACACUUGUCCAAUGCCAUUUACAAGGGAGGCAUCCAACGACCUCGAUGUGAUGGCGCCUCCCGGCGAGCAGACCUUCGUGGAUGCUCCGCGCAUGGCGGCCCGAUCCGUGGCACUGAUGGAGAAGAGGCGCCAAGCCAAGGCCGCUCAGGCAAAGAUGCAGGAGCCGGCCAGGACAAAGCGAGAACUUUGGGCUGACAUCAUGACGGAUGAUGAGGACACCUUUCCCAGUUGGACGCCCUCCCCUUCCCGACCACAGCAGCAGUUGAAGGUGGCACCACCCGCACCCCAGACGACCCAGGAGGCUGAAGGCCUGAGCUGGGACCCGCUGGGCCUGGGAUCCGCUGAGACUGAUGCUACCGACCUUCAGAUGCCCCGCACUAAAACCCUUCCUCAAAAGGCCGGCUUUGACAAGUUGUCUUGGAGCACCGCAGCCACAGACUCCGUGGAGACAGAGCAGACAGACGAGGCCGGCAGUGUGUCCGAGCUCUCAACCACAGAGGCUAGCUGGAGCCAGGAUGAGUGUGGGGAGCAAGCAGCCCAGCCUGUGCAGCAAGUGCUGAUGCCAAUGCAGUUGCCAAUGCAGCUGCCAAUGCAGCAGAUGGCCGGAGUGCCGAUGAUGCAGAUGCCCCAGGUGCCCCACGUCCAGCAAGUGCCCAUGCAGCAGGUGCAGAUGCAGGCGCCGAUGCAGGUUCAGCAGCCCCGCGUGAUGGUGGCAGUGCCCAUGCAGAUGCAGCAGCCUUCGGUGGUGGGCAUGGGCAUGCUGCCCUUCGUCAUGCCAUUGAACGGGACCAACUUCAGCGGCGUGCCCCACCUUCAGUAUCCGGCGCAGCAGCAGCAACAGCAGCACCAGCAGCACCAGCAGCAGCAGCAGCAGCAGACACAGAGCUGGCAGCAGGAGCAGGAAGAGGAGGAGCAGAUCGUGCCCGCAGGCCCGCCUAGUGGCAAAUCCCACCGCUUCCACCAGAAGAACUCCAGCAUGGGCAUCCUGUCUUCCGACGCCCGUACCUUCACCAAGCGCUACAACAAGGGCAGGCUGAGCAUCAUUUGCGAGAACAAGGUCCACUUCCACGGCUCCGUGCGCUAUGCGGUUCGAUUCACCGAGGGCGAGCUGUGCAGUGCAGAUGGGGUGGGCUUUAUUCUUUCGUCGGAUUUGCCCUGCACUCGGAACAUCCAGAAGAUUGUGUCCAUCUUCGCGAACCGCACAGGUCGUAUUUGUGUGCGAGUCCACGAAGAGGUUGAGCGCUGCCAGCAGCGGGUGAAGUGCCUUGAGAUCGGCGACUGGCUAGAGGUGGGUGCUGACCUGGUGAACCAGACCGUGAGCUUCACCGUGUGGCCCCAGGACGGUUCAGCCCCAUCCUUCGCCACCGUUUCCUUCAAAGAUAUCCUCAAGCAGGCCCGAGGCAAAGUGAACGGUCUGCCCCGCAACCCGUGCGGCUUCCUGGCAGUGGUGGUCAAGCACGUGGGGGUGUCAGUGAAUUUCGGAUCCUAAUUCCGUCAAAAGUGAAUUGCACAGCAAGAGAGACGCGGGGGAUGCCGACCAAAACA